UCAAUUUUUUGAGCCUUCGUCCGCUUCGUGCGGACACACCCUACUUGUAAAAUCCCCAGUCCGCUGUUUCCUGUAAGUUUCUCCCUACUCCCCGCUGAUUAUCUUUCUCAUUUAUCAAUGGCUCGGCAGAUCCGUCGAAUCACUUAUAGAGUUUCUUGCGGCAACUUAUUGGCCACCGGCACUUUCUCUGGCGGUUCUGUUGCGUUAAUGUAUUGCAGAGUACCCAUCGUCGCGGAGCUAUAUUUCCGCCGGGUACCGCGUGGGCACGACUCAGCUACCGACAGUUAUGAAGUACUCAGGAUGGACAAAAUAAAUGCCCGGUUGUCUAUGAUAUCUUCAUUUGCGUCGUUGGUCAACGAAAGUGACGCUUUGACCUGCCAGGGAGCAAUAACGAAACAUACAGGUCCCCGUGGUUCGAUCAGUGAUCGCCACAAACGCCACCCUCGGACCUCUCUAUGACCCCUGAGGGGCCUCAUCGCCAGUCAACCGAAUCCAAGACGCUGACCUACGACCUCCUUCGUAAAGACCAUACAAUCUAUUCGCCUAUGAUCCUAGGUGCCACUGGCACCCGGCGUCACAAAAUU